AUGACAACAUCUAAACAAUUUGUUCGCAGUGAUUUUGAUACAUUACUUCAUACAUUUGUUGAUGAAAAUCAAUUUCCUUGGCUUGAUCCAAGUCUACAUGAACGACAAUUAACAACACAUGAUAUUGAUAUUAAUCGAUUAUUUACAAUUGAAGCUCUUAAUGAUGAAUAUGAUCUUGUUGCUGAUAGAAAUUUAACUACUGGCGAAAUUCUAGGUUUACAUGAAGUGCCAAUUGUAUCUAAACCCGUUCUAAAUAUAAACCUUGAAGAUGAAGCAACAUUCUAUCCAAAUGAACUUCUUCAACCUGCUCCAAUUUCAUGUCCUUGUCUGCCUAUAACAACAAAUGAAACAUCAAAUGAAAAUGGUCAAGAUUUAGAAACAAUUAUCAAUCGAAAUGAUUCAGAUACACUAUCAUCAAAUGAUAAUAGUCUUUUAAAAUCAUUGUCAAAUGAGGAUGGCCUUGGUAUGGAUCUACCUUCAACAAAAAUUACAUCAUUUAAACCAAAUUAUGAUAAUCAAAUUGAUACAUAUAUUAAUAAAUGGAAAUUUGAUCUUGAUGAUAUAGUAUUACAAUCAACAGUCAAUCAACAAAAAUCAUCUGCUAUCGAUGCUCCUAUACCAACAAAAUUACGUUUAGGAGGUUUAUUUGAUAUUCCAUUACCAGAACUUAAAUUUCAAUCAACAACAAAAGAUGUUAAUAAAUUUGCUGAACAACAAAUCAAUCGUUCAUAUGCAAUUGAAUUAAAUCCUAAUGAAAAGCUUGGAGAUUUUCGUUUAAGAGUACCAGAUAUGGCAAUUGAAUAUCCAUUCGAAUUAGAUACAUUUCAAAAACAAGCUAUUUUAAGGUUGGAAAAUAAUGAAAGUGUUUUUGUUGCAGCACAUACCUCAGCAGGAAAAACAGUUGUUGCUGAAUAUGCAAUUGCACUUGCCCAAAAUCAUUCAACCAAAGCAUUUUAUACAAGUCCAAUUAAAGCAUUAUCAAAUCAAAAAUAUUGUGAUUUUAAAAAACGUUUCAAUGAUGUUGGUCUUCUUACUGGUGAUGUUCAAAUUAAUCAUGAAGCAUCAUGUUUAAUAAUGACAACAGAAAUUCUCAGAUCUAUGCUUUAUAAUCGAUCAAAUACUCUUAAAUCUCUUGAAUGGGUUAUUAUGGAUGAAAUUCAUUAUUUAAAUGAUACUGAAAGAGGCUUUGUUUGGGAAGAAGUAUUAAUUAUGUUACCUGAUCAUGUUGGUUUAAUUAUGCUUAGCGCAACUGUUUCGAAUGCGAGAGAAUUUGCUGAAUGGGUUGGACGAAUGAAACGACGAAAUGUUUAUGUUAUAUCAACUUUUAAACGACCAGUUCCACUUGAACAUUUUCUUUAUACCGGAAAUAGUACAGCAACAAAUAAAGAAUUAUUUAUGAUGAUAGAUGCUGAACAAAAAUUUCUUGAUCGAAAUCAUGCACAAGCUGUUGCAGCUAAAGCAGCACGACAAAAAGAUCAUCAACAUGGUUUUGGAUCGAAAACACGAUAUGAUAAUUUAAACACGAAUCAAAAUAAAACAUUAUGGACAUCAACAAUUUAUAUGUUACGUGAUAAACAAUUAUUACCUGUUGUGUGUUUUGUCUUCUCUCGUAAACGUUGUGAUGAUUAUUUAGAAUUAGUUAAAGGACUUGAUUUAAAUACUCAAGAAGAUAAACAUUAUGUUGCACAAUUUUUUCGACAAGUUUUAUCAAGACUUAAUGAAUCAGAUCGACAAUUACAACAAGUUCUUAAUUUACAAGAAAUGGCUAAACGUGGUAUUGCCAUACAUCAUAGUGGAGUUUUACCAAUAUUACGUGAAUCAGUUGAAUUAUUAUUUCAAACUGGUCGUAUUAAAGUUCUUUUUGCAACAGAAACAUUUGCAAUGGGUAUUAAUAUGCCUGCAAGAACAGUUCUUUUUGAUUCACUUCAAAAACAUGAUGGACGAGGUUUUCGUGAACUUAUACCAAGUGAAUAUAUUCAAAUGGCAGGCCGUGCUGGUCGUCGUGGUUUAGAUAAGACAGGAACUGUCAUUGCAUUAUGUAAAGGUGAUGUUCCUUCUAUAGCUUCACUCAAAUCAAUGAUACUGGGUAAAUCUGCACAAUUACAAUCACAAUUUCGUUUAACAUAUUCAAUGAUUUUAAAUUUUCUUCGUGUUGCUGAAUGUCCAUUAGAAUAUAUGGUAUCAAGUUCUUAUUCGGAAUAUCAUAGUCAAAAAGCAAAUGCACGUGAUAUUAUAGCUGGAAGUAAACUUCGUUCAACAAUUGAUACACUUCAACAAUUAGUAAAAACAUUUUCGACACCUGAACUUAAAACAUAUUUCAAUGAAUGUCAACAAUAUUGGAAUAUUAUGAAUAAUAUUCAACAAUUAUUAAUAAAAUAUGAUAAGAAUUCUCAUCGUUUACUUGAUGAUUUACUUAAAUGUGGACGAAUUAUACGUAUACGUGAUAUAUAUGAAAUAGAUAUACCUGCUAUUGUACUUGAUGGAUCAUUUAAUUCAUCAGGAAAAAAUCUUAAUCAUCAACGUAUUAUAUCGGUUUUAGUUAUAAGUCAAUCAACAGAUCGUUUAUUAACUGAUCUAGAUAGAAUAAUAUUAAAAGAAGAUGAAAGUUUAUUUAUAUUACCUGUACAAAAAUGGAAAAUAGAUGAAAAUAACUCUGAACAACGAAAAUUUGUAUAUCAAAUAAAAAAUAUAAAUAUGACAGAUUUACUUGAUAUAACAAAUGAAAUUAUACCAAAUAUAAAUUAUAAUGAUGUAUUAGAAGGUCACUCAAAUCAUCGAAUGAAUGAUACAUUAGAUAUUGAAUUAGAAUCUACAAUUGGACAUGAUAAAGCAUUAAGACAAUUAAUUGAAAAAUUAAAAAUUCAUAGACAAAAUGUCAAUAAUCAGUCAAAAUGA